AUGCUCUUCGAUCCCCGCGAGGACCGCUCUGCAUGCGGGGUUGGUUUCGUCGUGAAUACAAGAGGAUGCCGCUCAAGCACAGUUUUGAAGCAGGCAAUGACCAUGUUGGGACGUAUGGAUCAUCGGGGUGCCUGUGCUUGCGACGAAAGCACUGGCGAUGGUGCCGGCGUAAUGACCGGGAUACCCUAUGAGCUAUACAUUCGAUUCGCUCGGGAAGCAAACGUGGAAUUGCCCGAUGUCGGCCAUUUCGCACCAGGUCUGAUCUUCGUCAACUUGCAUUUGACAACGGUUGAAGAGGUCGUAGGAAGGCUAUCGGUCAUGGCCGACGAGUGUGGUCUUCGGAUCUUGUUUUGGCGGGUGGCGGACGUGUGCCCGAAUGCAAUUGGUCACGUGGCUCGCUCUAGAGAACCGGCCAUUUUGCAAGUUUUCGUCGUUCAGAAACAUGAAAAUGAGACAAAAAUUGGCAAAUCUCUUCGCGGCCAGACUUUCGUACUCAGAAAAUAUGCCAGCCAUCAACUCGGUGACACCUGCUACAUCUGCAGCCUAUCUCCGGACACUGUCGUUUACAAGGGAAUGUUUACUACGAAACAGCUUUGGUCCUACUAUCGCGAUUUGCAAAGUCCAGACUAUUACACCCACUUCGCCAUGGUUCACAAUCGCUUCUCCACAAACACAUUGCCCUCUUGGGGUCGAGCCCAUCCUCAGCGAAUGAUCGCGCAUAAUGGGGAGAUAAACACGCUCAGAGGUAAUGUCAACUACUCUCGGGCUCGUCAGAGUUUGAUGGAAAGCAACCACUUCUCAAAGGAAAUAUUAACCAAACUUUUCCCAAUUGUCGAGGCUGACAUGUCCGAUUCUGGAUCACUCGACAAUAUGCUGGAGUUCCUUUGUCAAGCCGGCGACUACAGUUUACCCGAAGCUGUCAUGAUGCUCAUCCCAGAGGCGUGGCACAAUUUGGAUCCGAAACAAGGUGAUAUGCCUCAGACCAGGUGGGAUUUCUACAAAUGGGCUGCCAAUAGCUGUGAACCUUGGGACGGACCAGCCCUUGUUGUAUUCAGCGACGGACGCUACAUCGGAGCUGUGUUGGAUCGCAAUGGUCUCCGUCCUGCUCGGUUCUACGCCACAGACAAUGACAUGGUAUAUAUGUCCAGUGAAGUGGGCGUCGUGGAUGUGCCACCAGAGGUAAAAAUUCUCAAAAAGGGUCGGCUAAAGGCCGGACGCCUGUUGAUCAUUGACACUUCAGCCGGUGCUUUGCUGGACGAUGAGAAGCUGAAGCAAGAAAUCGUUGAAAGAUAUCCCUAUGGCGAAUGGCUGCGAAAGGGUGCCAUUAGUUUAAGUGAGCUCCAUGCUAUGGUCGAUGAAAGGGCACCACAGUUGCAGGCUAACGACUUGGAUUUAGAGUGUUGUCCCUCUGCUUUGGACGACCGUCGCCUGCCUUUGUUCGGCUAUAACCCUGAGAACAUCAACUUGUUGAUUCUUCCGAUGCUGCGAACGGACAAAGAGGCACUUGGUUCCAUGGGUAAUGACGCGCCGCUCGCCUGUCUGUCGGAACAAAAUCCUUUCGUCUACGACUACUUUCAACAAUUAUUCGCCCAAGUGACCAACCCCCCUAUCGAUCCGUUCCGUGAGCAAGUUGUCAUGGCUCUCACCUGUCCCAUUGGCCCACAGAAGAACAUUUUGAUACCCUCAGAAUACCAAGUCCAUCGGUUGUGGUUAUCGCAACCACUGCUGUCGCUGGACGAUAUGCGUUUGUUUCGCUCACUAGACGGAUCCUUGGUUCACUUGCACACCAGCCGGAAAACCCAAGUUCUAGGCUGGCGUAGCCGAGUGCUGGAUGCCACUUUCGCAUUCGAGCGCAACUCCUCAACGGAAUCGCACACCAUCGGUUCAUUGUUGGUGGCCGCCUUAGAAUCACUUUGCGACACGGCUGAGCAGGCGGUUCGCUCCGGUGACGCGCAAAUUCUGAUCAUCAGCGAUCGCGCAUCUGGACCUGAGCGCAUACCCAUUCCAUCGUUGCUUGCUUUGGGUGCCAUUCACCAGCGUCUGCUAAGGCAGACGUUACGAAUGCAAGUCGGUUUGAUCGUAGAAAGUGGUGAGGCGAAAGAAGUGCAUCACUUCUGCACCCUCAUCGGGUUCGGUGCUGAUGCGGUGUGCCCUUAUCUCCUGUUCGAAUCGGUCGCACGUUUGGACGCGGAUGGCCUCUUGCUCAAAUCGAGUGCAGAUUUGAAGAAAUUGCACACAAACUUUUCCGGUGCCGUUCGUCGGGGCUUGUUCAAAGUUAUGGCGAAAAUGGGCAUUUCCACUCUGCACAGCUACAAGAGCGCUCAAAUAUUCGAGGCUGUUGGGUUGGCUCAGUGUGUUAUUGACAAAUGUUUCUACGGCGCUGCCAGUCGCAUCGGUGGGGCUGAUUUCGAGAUAUUGGCCAGAGAGUCUUAUGCACGCCAUCUGCUCGCCUAUCCAGAGGGAAAUGUGCUCCCCAAAAGCAUCGAUCAAUUUGCCAACAAUCCUGGGUUUUAUCAUUGGCGGCUGGGUGGGGAGGCACACAUGAACGAUCCGGAGACUGUGGCCAAGCUACAAGCAGCCUCUCGCACCAAUAGCCGACAGGCUUACAAAAUGUUCGUGGAAGCGGCUGAUCGCAGUGCCCGUUAUUGCACUCUCAGGGGACAGUUUGAUUUGCAGUACGCCAGCGAGCCCAUCGCCCUGGAUUUAGUGGAACCGGCCACAAGCAUCUUAAGACGGUUUUCGACAGGGGCUAUGAGUUUGGGGAGUAUAUCUUCCGAGGCACAUACUGCGUUGGCUGUGGCCAUGAACAAGAUUGGUGCGCGUUCAAACACAGGCGAAGGUGGCGAAAGACCCGAGAGGUAUUUGAACAGGGAACUCCGCUCGUCCAUCAAACAAGUCGCUUCAGCGCGUUUCGGCGUGAACAGCUCCUACCUGGCCCACGCGGACAUGCUGCAGAUAAAAAUGGCCCAAGGUGCCAAACCCGGUGAAGGUGGCGAGCUGCCAGGUUAUAAAGUGACCGAAGAGAUCGCGAGUACGCGUCACUCGGUGCCCGGCGUCGGUUUGAUCAGCCCUCCACCACACCACGACAUCUACUCCAUUGAGGACUUGGCCCAGCUUAUCUACGACUUGAAGUGUGCCAAUCCGCUCGCGUUAAUCAGUGUUAAGCUGGUUUCCGAGGUAGGCGUCGGAGUGGUUGCUGCUGGUGUGGCUAAAGCUCGCGCUAUGCACAUCACCAUCUCCGGCCACGACGGCGGUACGGGAGCCAGCAGUUGGACCGGCAUCAAGCACGCCGGCUUACCUUGGGAAUUGGGCAUCGCGGAAACCCAUCAGAUACUAAUUCACCAGCGGACUAGAUCUCGAGUGAUACUGCAAGUCGACGGUCAAAUUCGUACCGGUCGAGAUGUGAUUAUCGCGGCUCUCCUCGGGGCUGAUGAAUUCGCCAUGUCCACAGCUCCUCUCAUCGUUUUGGGGUGCACCAUGAUGCGCAAAUGUCAUCUGAACACGUGCCCCGUUGGGAUUGCAACCCAAGACCCAGUGCUCCGAGCUAAAUUCGCCGGAUGCCCUGAACAUGUGAUCAACUACCUGUUUUUGCUUGCUGAAGAGGUGCGCGAGUACCUUAGUCGUUUCGGUGUGCGGUCCCUCGAUGAUUUGAUCGGUCGAACCGAACUCCUCAAGCCUAGAGAAGAAGCCAGCAGUUGGAAGGCAUCCCGCCUCGAUUUAUCCGGCCUGUUGCAUAAGACGGAACCAAUGAAGAUUCAUCCAAGUUGGACAAGCGUAUUGAUUGAAGACGGCCUGUUGGACUCCGACUCUAGUCUCUCCUCAUUCGAUUCACUAGUUCAAACCCUUCCGCAAACCCGUCGGUUGGAUAUUGCUGUUCUAACUCUGGCCAAACAUUUGAUAGAAACUCCCGCGAAUAUUCCUCUAAGCCCGGACCAACCAGCAACCGUCUCCUUCACCGGGGAAAUCACAAAUGAAGAUCGAACCAUUUUCUCCACUCUCAGCUACGCUGUUUCAAUGCAGUUUAGUGAACAGGGGCUUCCUGAAGGCCGCGCGAUUAAAGUCCGGCUAACUGGCAGUGCUGGCCAGAGUUUCUGCGCUUUCCUUGUCCGCGGAGUGCACGUUCGUUUGGAAGGUGAUGCCAACGAUUGUGUUGCGAAGGGACUAUCCGGUGGCCACGUGACCAUUGUCCCUCCCAAGGAGUUGUUGGAUCAAGGCUUCCAAUCAGAGGACAACAUCAUAGUUGGAAACGUUUGUCUCUAUGGCGCAACAGAAGGGCGUUUGUUCCUCAGAGGUCAAGCAGCGGAGCGCUUUUGUGUUCGUAAUUCAGGCGCCACUGUAGUGGCUGAGGGGGUCGGCGAUCACGGUUGCGAAUACAUGACGGGUGGUCGAGCCGUGAUCCUCGGGCGAACGGGGCGUAACUUCGCGGCGGGAAUGUCCGGAGGUCUGGCUUUCAUUUACGACGUGGACGGCAUCGAGGGUCCGUUUAAGCGGAAAUGCAAUCUGGAGCUGGUCGAAAUGGAGCCAAUGAGCCUGAACAACCCUUAUAGUUCGUGGUUGCGAUCGAUUAUUCAAGAGUUUACAGAUGAAACUGAUUCAAAUGUCGGUAAAGCCAUACUCAAGGAUUGGUCGACUGCCAUCCGGAACUUCAUUUUGGUGUUUCCUCCUGAAUAUCGUCGGGCACUGGAAGCCGCACAACACACACAGGCCAACGGCCCGGUCACGUGUGACGGUCUGAUGCAGAAACCAGAGAAAGCGAGCAAACGAAUGCCCUCUGCACCGGACAUCGAAGACAUGGCUGAGGGCGACGUGACAAACCACUCCGCUUCAAAGCUGCCGCUGGACAAGCUGCGUGGGUUCGUCAAAUACGCUCGCAACACCGUGUCCUAUCGGCCUACUGAUGAGCGAAUGAACGAUUGGGAAGAGGUGUACGCCCACGGGGAAGUUCAAAGUGGUCUGAAACGACAAGCGGCGCGGUGCAUGGAUUGUGGUAUCCCAUUCUGCCAAUCACAAACCGGUUGCCCAUUGGGAAAUCUCAUACCGAACUGGAACGAUCUGGUGUUCAAGGACGAUUGGUAUGCGGCCUACCAAGCCCUACUUCAAACUAACAACUUCCCGGAGUUUACUGGUCGUGUGUGUCCGGCCCCUUGUGAAGGAGCUUGCGUAUUGGGCAUCAACUCCGACCCGGUCACCAUCAAACACAUCGAAUGCGCCAUCGCUGACAAAGCCUGGGAGCAAGGUUGGUUCCGUCCAACCAAGAUAUUUCAUCGACCCACGACCGGACGUCGAAUUGUGGUGGUUGGCAGUGGACCUUCCGGUCUGGCUUGCGCGGACCAGCUGAACUUGGCUGGACACGAUGUCGUCGUGGUGGAGCGGCGAAACAAACCCGGUGGUCUUUUACGUUAUGGGAUACCGACUAUGAAACUCAGCCGCUCAGUACUGGAUCGACGGAUCGAUUUAAUGAAAUCCAACGGGGUGGUCUUUGUGGUCAAUACCCGCGUCGGUCCCGCUGACACCGGUGACUCCAGUCGACGAGAUAUUAAUGCGAAUUGUGGAGAUCUCGUCGAAGAAUGGCCAGCACAUCAAUUGCUUCGAGAUUUCGACGCUGUGGUCUUGUGUCUUGGAGCAACUUGGCCACGUGAUCUCCCCAUCCCGGGCCGCAACUUGGAUGGGAUCGUAUUCGCCAUGAGUUUUCUCGAGCCCUGGCAACGCAAACAGCAACGGUUGAACGGGAACGUGAAUCGAUUGUCCAACCAAGGAGACAUGGACAAUCUUCCCUUGACCUCCUUGGCUAAAGACAAACGCGUUUUGAUUUUGGGUGGAGGGGACACCGGUGUGGACUGCAUGGCGACCUCACUGAGACAGGGAGCCAAGUCUAUAACCACACUAGAGAUUCUGCCUGCUCCUCCCCAUUCACGAAACCCAGAUGAAAACCCAUGGCCCGAAUAUCCGCGCAUAUGGCGCGUCGAAUACGGGCACGCCGAAGUGACACGACGCUUCGGACACGACCCUCGCAUAUUCAGUACCGUUACCAAGGAGUUUCUGGAUAAUGGUUCCGGUGCCGUCGGUGGUGUCCGUACCAUGAAGGUGAAUUGGAAUAAGGAUUUAGAAACAGGCUCGUGGCGAAUGGAAGAGAUCCCUGGUUCAGAACAAAUAAUCGAUUGUGAUCUGGUUCUGUUAGCCCUGGGUUUCGUCGGACCGGAGACCAAACUCAUCGAAGAGUUGGCUUUGGGCACAGUCGCUCCACAGGCUGUGAUCAAGACCACAGCGGCUGGUUCCUACGCCACCACUGUUUCCAGGGUUUAUGCCGCUGGAGAUUGUCGUCGUGGUCAGUCACUGGUCGUUCAUGCCAUCAACGAAGGGCGUCAAGCUGCCCGCCAGGUUGAUCUGGAUUUGAUGGGCAGUACUCAGCUCCCGGGUCCCGGUGGAGUCGUCCGUGUGUGCAGCUAAAAACUACGACGAAGCCGGCUUCUCAGGGACGACUAACUCAUUCGCAUCACAGUCAUUUCUCGUUCACACACCCACAUACACAUUCGCUCUUCGUACUCGAUUUCCACUAUUUAUUUUUGUUUCAUUUUUGUAAACCUUCCUAACUUUGUCUGCCCCACUGUCCUUUAUUUGAGUCAUCUAGCGCAUCUCACCACGCAUCUCACCCUGUGCCCACUUCUUAUGUUCACAACUUUUUAUUAGAUAUCCACACAUCUUUCCAAAAGGCAAUUGAUGGCGAUGAUGAUCACAUUAACUACAAUAUCUCUCUUAGAUUCCAAAACCCCUCAAUUGCUGUGUACCUGCCAGUUGUUUUACCCACGGCAUUUGUUAAUCGCCUCUGGCUACGUUGCCACUUUCGCAAAAUGCUGCCAUCCGUUUUACGUAGUUGUGCCAACAGAUGUGUUUCAGCAUUUGUGCAGUUCCAUGUAUUUUCAAUUUUGAACGGCUUGAUUACGAAAAAAUCCACCCUUCCUCCCUUGUG